CUCGAACCAAAUCUAAAUCAAUUCAAUUAAUUAGAUUAAUUAUCUCAAAAUUCAAAUCUAUUCCUAUAAUUUAUUUAAUUUUGUGCUAAAACUCAAAUUUAGUUUGGAAACAAACUUAAUUACAUAAUAACCUAAUAUUUAAUCGCACACAAAAAGGCACAAACCACUCCCACUCAACCCAAUCUCCACUGUUUGGAAACAAGGUUUAGCGACCAAUACUGUGGAUAUUGGUUAGUUUGAGUCAAGGAUAAGUUAAAUCUAACCAUGAUAAGGGUAAUAUUAGAAUUUUAAAAAAAUGAAUUAUUUAUAUCAGCAAAUUUUGCACGUUCCUUUAACGUCAAACUGAUGGUCGGGGAAAAUGUGUUACUACAAUCAAAUCAGAGGGGACUGCAGUUUUAUAUGAUUAUAUAUCAUUCCUCUGUACAUAACCUGCUGUUCAUGAGGCCUGAGUGAGUCUCCAUUUGAUAAAUGCAUGUAAGCUAAUGAUGGUGAGCUUUGUGCAGCCUGGUAUGAGAGAAGGCAAAUGAAAAAGAUAUACUCUCCACUCCUGGAAGCACUUUUAGCCCUUUACCUUGGAUUUGAGUGGAUGCAGGCAAAUAACAUUCUUGCGCCGAUUAUCACACAUGGGAUAUACUCUGCUGUUGUUUUGGGACAUGGCCUGUGGAAGAUUCAUGAUCACCGGAGAAGACUACGACAGAGAAUACAGCAGCUGAAACUAGAAGGAAAAAAACUCAUCCAAAUAUCGAAGCUAGGUAGCAAGUAA